AGAGGAGGAGGACAGAUCGGAGGCAGAAAGCAGGAGGCGCUGCUCGCAGUCGGGAGGAUGCAGCGCUGACACGCGGACCGUGUGCACGCUCUGAUCCGACGAUAUACCGGCGACCGACCACCGAGAGCUCCUUAUCUUUUUUUUUGGUGCAUUUUCUCAAUUUAUCCACACACCCUCUGCGCCUCCUCCUCCACCUCCUCCUCCUCCUCCACCCUCUGGACCGGCUUUUGUCGCCAUGCCACCGGCCGCCUGCUCGGUCGGGCACCGUCUCCGCAUCACCUUGUGCGCGGUGCUGUGGAUCGGGCUGCUGUGGAGCCGCGUCUCAGCGGGAGAUAAAGACGUCCCCACAGCCGUCCCCUCCUCGCAGCGUCCGGCAGAGACUCCAGCAGAGACUCCAGGCAGCACAAAGGACAGCAGCCCCAAAGCCAGAGGCUCGUUGGCCGGAGGUUUGCUCCAAUCAGUGCUGACUCAGAAAGGACGUCUGGUCUCCCAGAAAGGGGAGAUCCUCCCCUCCGCUCUGCCCCAGAACCUGCUCCCUCUCCUGGGCAGAGGACUCAGCGUGGGCUCCCUCCCUGGAAGUCGGUCCCUGGAGCAUCAGAGCGGGGGAUUACUGAGGCGGGUGAAAGUCCCGGCGUCAGCUGCAGCGUCAGGCCGAGGCGGCGCUCCAACGGAGCCUCCGCCCACAGACACACACUCCCAGCUGCCUCACACGCUGACGCACGCACACACACCUGAGCAGGAGGAGGUCACCACUGUGGGCACCAUGCUGGACGUGGACACGGAGACAGAGACAGAGACACCUCCGUCAGCUCUGUCCAGCUGCAUGGUGAAUUUCUCCGACCCGGAGGGAUACAUCGACUCGUCUGAUGACCCCCCUCUGCCUGACGGCGCCUUCUUACACUGCACCUACACUGUGACCGUGUACACGGGCUACGGCGUGGAGCUGCAGGUGAAGAGUGUGAACCUGUCAGAGGGCGAGCAGCUGUCCAUCAGGGGUGCAGAUGAACGAGGCGCCCUGCUGGUCCUGGCCAAUCACACGCUGCUGGUCGAGGGUCAGGUGAUCCGCAGUCCCACCAACACGCUAUCCGUGUACUACCGCUCUGCACCCGAGGCCAGUAUGGGCAUCUUCCAGCUGCACUACCAGAUCUUCAGGCUGAGCUGCUCCCUCCCAAAGAGGCCUCACUUCGGGGAGGUGUCCGUGCUCGACCUGCUCCCCGGAGGAAACGCCCGCUUUCACUGCCACAUGGGUUACCACCUGCAGGGGGAGCCGCUGCUCACCUGCCUCAACGCCUCGCUGCCCGUGUGGAGCGGCAAGGUGCCCACCUGCAGAGCUCUGUGUGGAGGCACCGUGAAGAACGCCACGGUCGGGCGGGUGCUGUCACCGUCCCCUCACCACGGGCCCAACGCCACCCAGGACCGAUCCUGCUCCUGGUCCCUGGAGGCUCCCAAGGACCAGAGGCUGCACCUCCACCUGGAGAGACUGGCUCUGGGACCCACAGACAGGCUGGUGCUGUGGAGCGGGCUGGACGCCGGCUCUGUGGUGCUGUUCGACUCGGGCCGCGGAGGACAGAUCCCUUUUGAGGGCGUGAUCAGUGAAGGACCAGCUGUGAGGAUCCAGUUCAUCACUGAUCAGCCCAACCACAACACGGGAUUCAACAUCCGCUACGAAGCUUUCGAGCGCGGCCACUGUUACGAGCCGUACCUGCAGAACGGGAACUUCACCACCUCUGACCCGCUGUACGGCGUCGGAGCCGUGAUCCAGUUCACGUGUGACCCGGGUCACGCUCUGGAACAAGGCCCGCCUGUCAUCGAGUGCAUCAGUGCGAGGGACCCGUACUGGAACGACACGGAGCCGCUGUGCAAAGCUCAGUGCGGGGGGGACCUGACUGGUCCCGGUGGGGUGAUCCUGUCUCCAAACUGGCCGGAGUGGUACGGAGAGGGAGAGGACUGCAGCUGGAGGAUACACGUCGGGGAGGACAAACGGGUGCUGCUCGACGUACAGCUACUCAACAUCAGCGACAGCGACAUGCUGACCAUCACCGACGGCGACGAGGUCACCACCCGUAUCCUGGGGCGCUACGUGGGCGGGAGCAGCCCCUUCAAACUGUCCUCCACCACCCCCGACCUGACCGUCACCUUCCACUCCGACCCGGCCGGGCUCGUCUUCGGGAAGGGCGAGGGCUUCAUCAUCAACUACAUGGAGGUGUCUCGAAACGACUCCUGUCCAGACCUGCCCGAGAUCCAGAACGGCUGGAAGACCACGUCCCACAUCGCUCUGGUGCGAGGGGCUCGGAUCACCUACCAGUGCGACCCUGGUUACGACCUGGUGGGGCGGGAGACCCUCACCUGUCAGUUAGACCUGUCCUGGAGCUCGCAGCCGCCGUUCUGCGAAAAAAUCAUGUACUGCUCGGACCCCGGCCAUGUGGAGCACUCCACCCGCUCUCUGUCCGACCCCAAACUGCUGGUGGGGACGACCAUUCAGUACAGCUGCAACCCCGGCUUCAUCCUGCAGGGCGGCGCCACCAUCACCUGCUACGGCCGCGAGCCGGGGACGCCUGUGUGGACGUCCCGACUCCCUCACUGCGUCUCCGAGGACUCGGUCUCCUGUGAGAAUCCCGGCCUCCCUGACAACGGAUACCAGAUCCUGUCCAAGAGGCUCUACCUGCCCGGAGAGUCGCUCACCUUCGUCUGUUACCAAGGUUACGAGCUCAUCGGAGAGGUCGCCAUUAAAUGCAUCCUCGGGAACCCGUCCUUUUGGAGCGGCCCACUUCCGCUCUGCAGGGCCAACCAUGACUGCUUUGGCAACCAUGCUUUGGAAGUUGCGGAGGCGACGGCCGGCUCCACUCUGGACGGAGGGAACGUGGCGCUGGCCAUCUUCAUCCUCGUCCUGCUGCUGUCCGUGCUGCUCGGAGGGGCCUACGUCUACGUCACACGGUGCCGAUAUCACUCCAACUUGAGGCUUCCUCUGAUCUACCCGCAUCCGUACCGACAGAUCACCGUGGAGACAGAGUUCGACAACCCGCUCUAUGAGACCGGAGGAGACACUCGUGAAUAUGAAGUAUCGAUAUGAGAAGACGUCUGCGAAGCGAGACCGACCUGCCCCGUCCUAACUCUUCAUCCCCUCCUCCCUCCUUCUCCGCCCGGAGGAGGCGAUGUAAAUACGACUAGAUGAUGUCCGGCCCCCUCUGCCACGAGACGCAGCCAUCGAUCCCGUUCUCUCCUCCUUUAAACGCUUCCGAGGGCACGACGGGAAACGGGAGAGGAGACGAGGAGACAAGACGGAGUCGGUGUUGAACCCGAGUGACACCGGCAGGUGAUGGGAGACGGAGGACGGAGAGGAAAAAAGACCCAAAGAUCAUCGAAGAACAACAAACGUGGUGAGAAAUAUCGGGAAUAAUGGAAGUUAAGGAGGGGAGAAGGGGAGGGAGCAGGGGACAGGACACAAGACGAGGAAUGUGGAUUUAGAGGAUUGAAGCACUUUUUUUUUUAGUAUUUUUGUCAAAUAAUUUCGUGAAUAAUUCCUGGAAUACGACUCAAAAAAAAAAGUCAUUGAAAAGUUAUAACCCACUUUUGAUACAACAAUAUUUAAUUUUUUUUUUCAUCUUUCUAUGCUGUAGUUUUCAUUUUUAGUGGCGGGGUCCGCCGUUCCUGCGCUGGAUUCAAAUUAAGAUAAACUUUAUUCAUCCUGAAGGCAAAUACCGA